GCAUUUCUCAGGUUUGUUUAUCUGUAUAGGCCGUCGGGUGCUGGGUACCCUGCCUCGGGUAACUGGAUCGAGACUACGGAAAGCAGCCGUUGUCCCAGCCACACAGGCGGGCCUGAGGCUUGGCGACGCCGCCAGUGGUGUCCGUGUCCCCGUUCCGCCUGCAGAAUACGAUGGCGGCGGCCGCGCCGAGGGACCCAGCUCAGGGUGUAACCUUUGAGGAUGUGGCCGUUUACUUCUCCCAGGAAGAGUGGGGGCUCCUUGAUGAGGCACAGAGAAUCCUGUACUGCAACGUGAUGCUGGAGAACUCUGAACUUGUGGCAUCCCUGGGUUACUGUCCUGGGACUGAGGAUGAUGUGAUUACUUCCGAACACAGUGUACCUAUAGAAGGAGUGCCAUGGCUCAGGAUUUCUAAGGCAAGUCUCUCUAUCCAAGAGCCUCAACUCUGUGAGAUGCAUGUCCCAGCCUGGGGAGAUGUUUUGCAUCAGGGUAAAGUCCAGUCCACAUCCUCUGUGCAGAAAUUGGGCAGCACAAGCACGAGAGGCUUCUAUUUCAGUGCAAACCUUCAUCAGCUCCAGAAGCAUUACAGUGGAGAAAAGCCCUGGGAAAACUCACUUGUGACAAGCUUCAGAUUCCUUGUGUUGGCAAAGCCUUUCACUUGUGGGGAGGAUGGGGAGGACUUCUUAGCCACUGUGGGCUUCCUUCAGCAGCAUGCCACUUGCAAUGGUGAACAUCCAGUAAGUAGCAGUAGCAAAUGUGGAGAAGUGUUUUGGAGUAGACAGAGACAUAACAAGGUGGGUGAAUGUAGAAAAGCUUCCAGUUACCAGCACACACUUGUUCAACAUCCGAGUAUCUGCCCUGAAGGGCUUUAUGAGCAGAGCAAAUGUGACAAAACCAUCACCUGCAAGUGCACACUUGUUCAGCAUCAGGGCAUUCAAAUGACACAUGAGUGUAGUGAACAUUGGAAAUCCUUUAGCAAAAAUUGUCACCUUGCACACAAGAGAAUUUGCACUGGAGAACGGCAUUGUGAAUGUAGUGAACAUGAGAAAGCCGUUACCCACAAAUCUGAACUCUUUCACUAUCGUAGACAUCACAGUGAAGCGGUGCAUUACGAGUGUGGGGAAUGUAGUAAAUCCUUUACCUGUAAGUCCAACCUCAUUGGACACCAGAGAGUUCACACUGGAGAAAGGCCUUAUGAGUGUAGUGAGUGUGGGAAAUCCUUUAGACAAAGCUCUGUCCUCUUUCAACACCAGAGAGUUCACACUGGAGAAAAGCCUUAUGAGUGUGGUGAAUGUGGGAAAUCCUUUAGACAAAGCUCUAUCCUCUUCCGACACCAGAGAGUUCACACUGGAGAAAGACCUUAUGAGUGCUGCGAAUGUGGGAAAUCCUUUAUACAAAUCUUCAAUCUCACUCGACACAGAAGAGUUCACACUGGAGAGAUGCCUUAUCCGUGCACUGAUUGUGGGAAAGCCUUUAGCUGCAAAUCUGAACUCGUUCAACACAAGAGAAUUCACACUGGAGAAAGGCCUUAUGAGUGCAGUGAAUGUGGGAAAUUCUUUAGACAGUUUUCUAACCUCAUUCGACAUCGGAGAGUUCACACUGGAGCAAAGCCUUAUAAAUGCAGUGAAUGUGAGAAAUCAUUUAGCCGCAAAUUUGUCCUCAUUCAACACCAGAGAAUUCACACUGGAGAAAGGCCUUAUAAGUGUGGGGAAUGUGGCAAGUCCUUUAUUCGAAAUUCUGACCUCAUUCAACACCAGAGAGUUCAUACUGGCGCAAGACCUUAUGAGUGUGGUGAGUGUGGGAAGUCCUUUAGACGACACUCUAGCCUCAUUCAACACCGGAGAGCUCACACUGGACAGAGGCCUUAUGAGUGUGGUGAAUGCGGGAAAUCCUUUAGCCAAAAUGCUAGCCUUAUUGAACACCAGCGAGUCCACACUGGAGAAAGACCUUAUGAGUGCAAUGACUGUGGGAAAUCGUUUAGCAAAAGGUCUAAUUUACUUCAACACCAGAGAGGUCACACUGGAGACAGGCCUUUUGAAUGCAGUGAAUGUGGGAAAUCUUUCACCCACAAAUCUGACCUCAUUCAGCACCAAAGAGUCCACACUGGAGAAAGGCCUUAUGAAUGCAGAGAGUGUGAGAAGUCCUUUACCUGCAAAUCUAGCCUCAUUCGACAUGAGAGAGUUCACAAUUAA